CUCAGAAUAUCUCUAGCACGGAGUCCGCGAUUUAUUUCAGGUAGAUCUUCGUAAGAGAGGGAAACAGGACAGCCUCGAGGUUACCACCCAUUAAAGCGGCAUAUUUUUCGCGCUUUCUGAGCAGAGACCGCAUUCUUUGACCGCCUAGGACCGUGAGAGGGUCGUUUGAACGCUAAGGGUGCUGAAACGCAAGGCAGAUCCUGUUCUUAGCGCCUCGCAUCCUCCACAUUUAUCCCUGCACGCCUUUUCGCUCUGGUUACUCUCUCUCUCUCAAUCAACAACAACCAAGAUGCUGCUCAGAUCACCGUGCCUUCUGGCCCUGCUCGUGGCCCUCCUACCUGCUGUCACGGCCCAGUCUCUCACCACGGCACUGCAACAACAAAACUUGACGGCAUUCAAUGCCCUCGUCACCGCCUACCCGGACCUCUUCGCUGGUCUGACAAACACGACCAUCCUCGCGCCAUCCGAUGCUGCCUUCUCCGCCGCACAGCAAAUAGUAGGUGCCAACGCGUCUAACGUCGACAUCCCGUCCCUUCUCGUGUACCACCAACUAGUAGGCGCUGCCUCGCUCAAGAGCCUCAGCAUGGCCCAGGCAGGGAACGGUGAGGUCGUCCAGACCAACCUGAAGAACGCGUCCGAGGUCAACAUGGGCGGGGUUAGCAAUGUCGUCAGUGUGCCGAGCGCGGUGACGCUCAAGCAGCAAGGGCUGGGGGCCAGUACAGGGCAGACGAGUCAGCAGGUUACUAUUACUGGCGGGUUGGGAGCCGGAGCGAACAUCACAACCGGGGAUAUUGCUUGGGAUGGGGGACUUCUGCAAGUUCUUGACAAGGUUCUUGAUCUGCCCGACGUCUGCUCCAAGACGCUCGCAGCGAACAAGGUAACCACCUUCGUGCAGUAUCUUUCCAGAGCCACCAACCUCACCCCGAACGGGACCAACCCUGUGGCGUACUACGACACGCUGACUUCCCUUACCUGCUUCGUACCAGACGACACAGCUUUCGCCGCCCAGGCACCGAUAUACAACGCCAUGAACACGCAAGAGAUCAGCGAGAAUAUCGGACUGCACGUCUUCGCAGGCGUAUUCUACGGACCUGAGACUCCUUCCGGCAGCAUCCUGGUACCGGUGUGGGGCAAUGGCACGAGGGGCUUCGUCUUCCAGAGUAACAGUUCGGGGAUGUUCAUCGGAAACUCCCAGCUGAUCAGGAGCGACUGGGCACUCUCGAACGGGGUCAUUCAUGUGUUGAACAAGCCACUGAACGAGUCCGAUUCGAUCGCCAUCACUAACAGCACAGUCGUGUUCGCAGGCGUCGGAGGGCCGAGUAACGGCUCGGCCCCGACCACUUCGGCAGGACCGUCCACCAGUCAGACUGCGGGAAGCUCGGGCGCCCUGGGAAGGCAGACCAUCUUUGCUAGUGGGAUGGCCGUGUUGGCUGCUGUUGCGGGGAGUAUCCUUGCCCUUAUAUGA